AUGGCUUCUUCCAGCUAUUCGAACCCUCCUUGUGCUGCCUGCAAAUUCUUAAGGAGAAAAUGCUUGCCAAGUUGCACUUUUGCACCAUAUUUUCCUCCCGAGGAGCCAACGAAAUUCGCCAAUGUACACAAAAUAUUUGGGGCAAGCAAUGUUAGCAAAUUACUAAAUGAUAUCCCCCCUCAUCAGAGAGAAGAUGCAGUGAAUUCUCUUGCAUAUGAAGCCGAGGCGCGAUUAAAAGAUCCUGUUUAUGGCUGUGUUGGAGCAAUAUCUUUUCUUCAAAGGCAAGUCCUUCAUCUCCAAAAGGAACUAGAUGCUACAAAUGCAGAUUUGAUGCUAUAUGAUGUAUCACAUUCGUUUCCAGUUCUGUCCAAUUCAACAUUUUCGAGUACUGAUGCUCAGUAUAACGGAGGAGAGUCGAAUCCAGGAUUGCUUCACCCACAUGCUUCUCCAUGGAAUAAUGACUCUUCAAAUGAUUCCAAGAGCAUGUAA